UAUUAAAUGUGUCAUUAUAGUUUUAACGGCUUUUCACAUAUUUGGAGUAAUCAUGUGGACUUCUACACUAACCGUAUUAUUUUACAUAUUGCUUGCAAUUGUACAUGGCACACAUGGUGAUUUAUAUUGCUAUCAAUGUGCAGAUGUCUCCAAAGCACGUGACUGUAGCGUUGUCAAGAAAUGUGGACCAAAUCAGGUGUGUUAUUCAACUCAGAGCAUAACAAGCAAUGGUCAGGUAUACAGGAAAAUGGGAUGCAGAGAUGUAUCGCAAUGCAGUACAACAACCGGCAUUGUUGGUAAACGAUUCUUGUUCGGUAGAGGAUUGUCAGAAGAAGUAACUGGUGUGGCUUGGAGAAGUCUGGGCGAUACUAUUUUAUGUGAUGCCUGUUGCAAUUCUAACCUAUGUCAGCCCAAACUUUGUAAUGAUGAAGAUUAUAUGACGGAUAGAGGACCAAUAUGCUUUCAUUGUGACUAUCAGACUCGGAACAGUCCUUGUACGAGCGUUCGGGAAUGCGCUCGAGGUGAAGCAUGCACUCUCAACUAUGCUUCCGGGCAUCAUGACCUUUUACAAUCAGGAUGUAUGUCUAAAAGUAUAUGUGAACGAAUAGUUAGUUCUAACAGCUUCCAUAAGACGAAUUCUACAUGCUUUACCUGUUGUGCUGCUGAUGUGUGUAACACCGGAUGUAACAACGUUGACCACGAAGUAACUGCUUCCACGACCCCAUCUGGACAACUUUCAACACGUGCUGGAUGUAGCGACUCUACACAUUGGCAAACCUGUAAGCUUGCGGCUAGUAUAGUUUGUAAAGAUCUUGCUCAUGCGAGAAAUGCAAAUUGUGAACAUUACUGUGGCUUUUGCUGA